AUGCCUUCCUUUGGGGACUUUGUUCAUGCGCAAUUCAAACUCAAGAUCGAACCGCCGAAAACCAGCUUCAGUUCCAAAACGGUCAUCGUCACGGGAGCCAACGGGGGCUUGGGCAAGGAGAUCGUCAAGCACAUCAUCCGUCUCGAUGCCAGCCAGGUCAUUUUCGCAUGCCGCAGCCAGUCCAAGGGCAACCAGGCCAAGCGAGAGAUCGAAGCCCUCCUGAAGUGCAAUUCCGGCAUUAUCCAAGUAUGGGAGCUUGAUCUGGAGUCGGCGGCAUCCGUCAAGAGCUUCGUCGAGAAGGCCAACACCUUGCCCCGGGUUGAUGUCUUGAUCAACAAUGCGGGGAUUCAAGCGUUCGGCAACAACAAAGCUGUCUAUGACACGGAGCGCACGCUCGCAGUGAACAUCAUCGGCACUUUUCUGCUCUCCCUGCUGCUGCUCCCCAAGUUGAGGCGGACGGCACAGGAGUACCGAGUCACACCGCAUAUGACCAUGGUGACAUCGGCCCUCUACGAUGUCGCCAAGUAUCCCGAGAAGCAUGGAGACGAUAUCUUUACCUGGUCCAAGGACGAGUCGCAUGUGGACCAGAUGAACCAAUACAACCUCUCCAAGCUGCUACAAUUAUACGCCACAAUCAAGCUCAGCUCAAUCAUCGACCCAAUCGACACGGACAACCCGACCCCCAUCGUGAUCAACUCGCUUGAUCCCUGCUUCUGCAAGACGGGGCUGGCCAACGGGUUGACAGGCGUGCUCAAGGUCGUGCUCAAGGUGUUUGAGUGGAUUGCAGCACGCCCUGCCGAGGAGGGCGCUGCGCUGGUGGUGAAGGCUGCCUGCGCUGGCCGGCAGACUCAUGGACGCUAUAUGCGCUCUGGUGAGGUGCAGGAGUACAAGCCGAUUGUCUUGGACGAGGGGAAAGCGGCCGAGGUCUGGGAGGCGCUGUGCAGGAGGCUGGAGAGGAUACAGCCGGUUAGGUAG